AUGACAGUUGAGGAUUCAGACUCAGAUGAGGUGUUGUUAAUGGCUACAACAAAGUCAAAUGAUGAUUGCCCAGAGCAGUGGUACCUUGACACAUGUUGUUCAAAUCACAUGACUGACCAUAAAGAUUGGUUUGUAAGCAUUGAUGAGAAGGUGAAAAGGGAGAUCAGGUUUGCAAAUAAUAGUUCAGUAAAUGCAGAAGGAGUAGGAAAAGUGUUGAUUCAAAGGAGAGAUGGCAAACAAUCAUUCAUAUGUGGUGCGUUGUAUGUGUCAAACAUGAAGAACAAUAUGUUAAGCCUUGAACAGCUGCUUGAAAAGGGGUAUUCUAUGAAGAUGGAGCAUGGUUAA